AUGGGAUUAAUUCAUUUAUCCGAGCAAGUACAGGCCGCUGCGAUUCGAGAUCUGCCUUCCUCUAAGCUUCCACCUUACCACAUCACUGGACCAAGCCUCGACGCAACCUUGGUUCGAGCUCAUUCAUUCACUGUUCAUGGUAUUCCUCUUCAAUCUACUCCCGAUUCCCGAACUGUUCUCUGUCGCUUUGCGCGAUUCGUUGGCGAUGUUGUCGGAUCAGAGCGUAUUGCAUUUGUUGCAGAUGUGCCGGAGACCGGGCCUACAUUAAUUCAAGCCGCCAUUCCGAUUCGAGCAGCCACUGGUGUGACACCAGAGCCGAAAUUGGAAUUCUUAACCGGCGUGACCCAUGUCGAGGACGUUGACUUCAAAAUCCUGAUUACCGCCUACAGCGGGUCACGAACAACAAACGGGGUCGCUGCCUCGGCGCAGAAGGGACCUUUUGUUCUUUCAGUAGUAUACACCCAAGAGGAUAGGGCCGAUGUCACUCUUAACCUGCGAGGAGAUUAUGGUGGGUGGAUUGCUGCAAAACAUCUGGUUAAACUGGCCGUUGCCUACCUAACCUCUGGGCUAUCCGACAACAUUGCUACCGGAGCAGGGCUGGACCCAUCCCGAGUCAACUUUGAGUCCUUCCUGCAAGUAGCGCCACAACUUGUUCACAAGCAACCGGCUGUCAAUGGCUCCAAGACCAAUGGCCAUUUCCACUCUCGUCUACUCCACUCGGCAUUUGAAGAUAAUGUUCGCCGCCAUCCUCACAACGUCGCCAUCGAAUAUUUGUGCCGUGCGCCUGCAACAUCAGUGCGGUCAAGGCAACAUGAGUAUGACCGACGUGAUCUCACAUACGCCGAAGUAGACAGCCGAGCGAAAGAGCUCGCCUCUGAACUUGGUUUGUUACUUCAGGUGCUAGGCAGCCAGUGGCGUCCGGCAUUGGGCGACCAGUACGCCUUCCCUCUCUUCAUCUCUCCCAGCCCAGAGCUCUUCCUCUCUAUGUUGGCCGUUCUCAAGUCGGGCCACGCCUUCUGCUCUCUUCCGGCCGAUGCGCCACCUGAGCGACUCCGAGCCAUUGUCGAAGAUCUCGGAUCUCCAGUCGUGCUGGGAGUUGGUCCAAUGCCCUGGAAUGGCAUUACUGGAUCCCAAUCUGAGCGUGAACAGCUGGCAGAGGGGGUGAUGUGGGUCGAUAUUACCAACCCCUCUAGCUGGCGAAUGGAUUGCAUCAUCCCGGACACCGUGGCAACCUCAUCCAGUGACCUUCGCAUCCCAACCGAAGAUGAUCUGUGCUACCUCUUCUACACAAGUGGCUCAACUGGAAAGCCAAAAGGUGUGCUCGGAAGUCAUCGCUCGGCGCUGGCCUGCGUAGAGGCAACCCUUGCGGGGCCACUCUCGCAUCUUCCUGCUGGUCCACGGGUCCGCUGGCUCAAUUUAAGUGCGCCAUCUUUUGAUCCCGUCAUCAUCGACACUUUCGUGCCACUCUCCCUUGGUGGAGUCCUCUGCACUGCCGAGCGUGACCUUCUUCUCACAGACGUUGAAGCAUGCGCACGGGAGCUGAGAGCCACUGCGUCAUAUGCUGUCGCGAGUCUAGCACUUCUUAUGCGUCCGGAACGCAUGCCUGCUCUGAAGACGCUUAUUGUAGGCGGAGAAUCGGUGAACGGUCGUGUGAUUGAGAAAUUCGCGCGAGUCGAAGGGGAUCCAGAUGAUGACAGACAUCUUAUCAACGCCUAUGGUCCCACAGAGACCACCAUUUUCUGUACCGCGGAAGCGUGUGUCCAGGGUACUCGCAGCUCCGUCAUUGGAGAUGCUCUGACUUCUGCAUUUUUCCUCAUGGCGGACCCGGAGGCCCUUGAUGCAGGCGAACUAAGAGAAACCCCACUUGGUCUCGCAGGUGAGCUUAUUGUCGGCGGGCCUCAGGUUGCCCUCGGGUACCUGAACCGCCCCGAUGCGACCGCGAAGGCAUUCAUUCCCGUGAACGCAAUGGGUCUCCCUUCCGGUACUACACUUUAUCGCACCGGUGACAAGACUCGUGUCGUCUGGUCCUCCGAUGGAAAACGCAAGAUUGACUUCCUUGGUCGCUUUGGCACAGAUCAAGUCAAAUUGAAUGGUCGCCGUGUCGAGCUGACUGAGAUUGAAAACGUCCUCACAAGUGCGCAAGGGGUAGCCUCUGUCGCCGUCGUGGUGGCCAAUCCGAAGGAAGGUGUGCGCGCUCAGCUGGUCGCCUUCUUGACAGUCUGGGCCGACGAAGAUCGCCAAAGUGUUGCUAGCAAGUGUCGUGCCGAAGCAGAGAGAUUGUUACCAGAGUGGAUGUGCCCUGGAAGCUAUACCGUUCUGGAUCAGCUGCCAUACACACCGAGUGGUAAAGUGGACCGUAAGGUGCUGCUGAAACUCGCUGCCGGUGAGGCUCUGAGCGAUUCCUUUGUUGCAAACGGAGCGCCUGCUGUCCCUGAACGAGUAGCAGAGAAAAUCCAAGAUUCCGAGUUCCUUAAAAAGGAUUCAGCCUCCAUCGUCUACCGGGGUCUUUUCGCUGCUAUCGGCGAUAAGGCUACAAAUGCUGACGCCACCACGCCUCUCUUGGGACUUGGUUUAGACAGUCUGCGGACCAUGUUGUUCCUUCAAAGCAUGAGAGAUGACGGAAUUGAGGGGCUGGCGUUGCACCAGAUUCUUUCAUCAGUAACAAUCAAUGACUUGAUCAACCUAGUUGAGGCUAAAAAUCCGGCCUCAAAAUUGUCGGUGGGACAAGAUAUGGACGUGGAUGAGCAGGAAACCUGGGUGUCCGUUGACCACUCGGCCGUAUCAAAGAAAGACGUGGAGGAAGAAAACCUUGUGGAUGUUUCUGUUAUCGAUGCUGAUGACGAAGAGGGAAUUUUCGAACUCUCUAUCACCGACAAACUCCGUCACUUCUCUCACCACUGCAUGCCUCAGUGCACCUCCGCCCUAAACCUCGCGGCCGUCGAUAUUGAGCAGGUCCUACCAGCUACUAACACACAAACUCGAAUUCUCUACUACUCUACGCGCGAUGAAUUUGUAGACCCUACCCGCUACUCUGGCAGACCUCAGCUCGAGCACUUCCUCUACGAUCUGCCUCUCGACAAACUUGACGCCACUCGCAUGAAACAUGCUGUUGAUGUCGUUCUCAGAAGACAUGAUUGUUUCCGCUCCGUCUUUUGCAGUAUCAAGCACCCCCUCUCGCCUUUCGCCGUUUGCAUUCUUAACAAGAAUUCAGAGCGUGCGGCCGUUUCCACCGUCGAGAUUGUCUGCAAGUUUGACCCUAAAAAUGCCAGCCUCUGGCAACACACCCUUGUUUCGGCCCAACGUGCUGCCGAAGGUGCCAUGACUCUUGACCGACCAGGAGUUACUGUGACUUGGGUCAGCACCCCCGAUGGGUCCCGCCAUGUCAUGAUUCUUUCCCUCUACCACCCCAUAUUCGACGGCGUCAGCCUGUCCCACCUCCGCGAGGAGAUUACUGCUGAAUACGCGCAUCUCAGCAGACCAGCAGGUAUCAGGAACCUCACCGAUAAGGGAAACAAGCUUGCAUUCUUGCCCAUGCGCAAUACUAUCGAGCUUCUUUUCGAGGGCACCGAUUGGGUGGAAAGCAUGUUCUACUGGAUGAAGCGUUUCGCGGGUGUGUCAUCCUUCCGUUUCGGAUCUACCCAGCCAGCUUCGCAGGCCGUGAUGCUCCCUAUCGAAACUGGAUUGGUCGAGACACACAUGCGCACUGCCACCCUACGAAGCAGCCUCUCCAUGGAUGAUCUCUCCAACACUGCCCUCUCGCAUCUGAGCACAAGCAUGGCUGCCGUGGUCCAGGCCGCAUGGGCCAGUGUGCUUGCGCAAACCCGGAACGCAAAUGAGGGCAAGCUGGACGUGCAGUUUGGCAGCAUCUUGCAUGGCAGAAACACGCCGGAUUUGUGGCGCUGCAUGGCUCCGCUUCUGACGACCGUCCCAAUGCACCUUGUCCUCCAGAAGGACGAACAGAGCAAGAACCCGACUAACCGCGAGAUCUGUCGUCUGCUGGCAGCUCAGCAUGCCGAUGUCGCGCCCUUCAUUGACGUUCCUUGCCCGACGGAGGACACUUUUGAGAUGGGAGCCGAUCGAUUUGAUACUGCGCUGAACUUGCAAGCAUACCGAAGUGAGACUGCAACCUCCUCGGACGCAGCUCCACGGGACUUGCCUGGAUGGAGUUCCGAACAGAAUCUCCUCACUCCAUACAAGGAGGUUGAUAUCGGAUUCCCCAUCAUGAUGGAAGUGUGGCCGGCAUUUGGACCCGAGGGUCCGGACUGGAGUGGAAAGAUGACGCUGAAGUGUGUUUAUAAUGUGCGAAAACCAGGCUAUGAGUUCUUGAAUGAGAAAUGGGUCGCGGGCAUGGUGGGUGCCUUUGAAGACUCCCUGCUGAGGCUUCUCAGGGAGCCGGAAGCAGAGUAUUACGUUGGUUAA